AUGUUUCAGGUGUAAUGAGCGAGCCUGUAAUUAAAAAUGAGAAAGAUUUUCUCGCAGCUCUGAGCAAACCAGACUCGGCUGCCAAAGUAGCUCAGAACGAGAAACUGCGCAAGACGGGCAUUAAACUGGUGAUGGUAGUGGGAGGAGCUGCGCUGGGCUUAACUGUGGCCACGAUUCCCUUCUGUAUUCCAGCUGUGAGGAAAGUGUGUGUGCCCUAUGUUCCAGCUACACCUGUACAGAUCAACAAUAUUCUGCAGUGUCUCAAGACACACGCGCGUCCAAAUGGAAAAGUGCUCGACCUUGGAAGCGGCGAUGGCAGAGUGUGUUUUGCAUGCGCUAAAGACGGGUACAAGGCAACAGGCGUGGAAUUGAAUAGUGUACUAUGGAUGUGGUCCAACUUCCGAAAGUACACGCGUGGGUUUAGGUCAAACACAACAUUCAAACGAAGGAAUCUUUUCAAAGAAGAUUUGGGAAAGUAUGAUGCUGUCACCAUCUUCGGAGCCCCGACUCUGAUGCAAGCCCUGGAACCCAAGGUGACAAAAGAGUGCACAGAAGCAACUAAGUUUGUAGUGUGUCGGUAUCCAUUUCUGAAAUGGGCGCCAAACUACACGUACGGAAACGGAAUUGAUUGCGUGUGGGUGUAUCAUAAGCCAUUUAAGCCUAAUCAAUCCUUACCUGCAAUGUAUUUGGAUCUCGUGGAGUUUGCAGACCACCCUUUGCACCCUUCAAACAGACCUGAACUAGACUCGGGUCACGUGAAAAACGUGACAGAAUCAGUAGAGCAGUCACGUGAUACAAUUACAAGCUCUCAACUAGACGAACAAAUUUCAAACCGAACAGAAUUGCGCAAAAAUCGGAGAUCGCAGCUUGGAUGAACUUCACCCUGUUGGACAUGCUAAAAAUUGAUAAUGCAACACUGAUAUAAAUCUAUUUGAAUAACUAGUUUUUUUAUGACUAA